AUGAGUACUACUAUAAAGAAUCCGGGAAUACCAACCACGGUUCGUAUUCCUGGGGGUAUGUUCCCCGGUUGCAUUGUAAAAUUCAAAGGUAGCACUCCUCAUGCAGCAAAGAGGUUCGGGAUAGAUUUCCAGUACAACAAAGACAUCGCUUUUCAUUUCAAUCCUCGUUUCACGGAUAGCUUUAUUGUACGCAACCAUUACAUUUCUGGAGUGUGGGGCAAUGAGGAGACCUCCGGAGGCUUACCAUUGACACGUGGAUCCCCAUUCGAAAUCGUUUUCGUUUGUCAUUAUGAUCGUUUUAAGGUGAUGCUGAACGGAGAACACUUCACCGACUUCAUCCACCGUGUUCCGUUCCAUAGGAUCACCCAUAUCGAUGUGGGACAAGACGUCAUCAUAGAUGAAAUUGACUUCGAAGGAACCCCACCACCGACGGACUACCUUACUGAGCAUACAAACGAUGCUGAGGAAGUCUGCGGUAAGUAG